UCCAUCAGGCCAGGGCCACAUCGCAGGCUGCGCAUGGAGAGGCCAGCAGGGACCCAGACACUAAGUCGGGUGCUGUGUAAUGACAUCCUGAGCCUGAAGGUGGCAGGAGACCCGGUGCUCACCCCCAACUCGGUGUGUCUGCGCCUGGGCGGCCUCAGCAAGCGCCAGAUGAGGAUGUGCGUGCGUCGACCCGACGUGACGGCCUCUGCUCUGCAGGGCAUCCAGGUGGCCAUCCACGAGUGUCAGCACCAGCUGCGGGACCACAGGUGGAACUGCUCGUCUCUGGAGACGCUCGGCAAACUGCUGCACCAGAGCAACAUUCUCAACAGAGGUUUUCGUGAAAGCGCCUUUUCGCUGGCCUUGUUAGCAGCGGGCGUGGCGCACUCCGUGGCCUCGGCCUGCAGCAUGGGGAAGCUGGGCAGGUGCGGCUGUGGGGCCAAGCAUCGCCAGGACGACGACCAGCUCCAAUUGAAGCUCACGCAGCUGCAACUGCAGACCCUGAAGAACGGUGGCAUGGGAAUCAACGUGGGCUCGCUACCUGCAGGUCACAGUGGCGACCUACCCACCGAAUUUCGCUCUGCCCAGCUCUCUGCCGGGUUCAAGCCUUUUCCGGAUGAGCUGAGCUCCAUGCAGGAAACGUGGGAGUGGAGGGGCUGCAACCACGACUUGCGUUUCGGGGAACGUUUUUCCAGGGAGUGGCUUGACUCGCGGGGAUCUUCGAGAGACCUCCACGCUCGUAUGAGGAUACAUAACAACCGAGUGGGACGACAGAUAGUUGCUGACAACAUGAAGAGGAGGUGCAAGUGUCACGGCACGUCAGGGAGCUGCCAGUUCAAGACCUGUUGGCACGUGUCUCCAGAGUUCCGGCUCGUGGGUUCAAUACUGAAGCAAAAAUUCCUAUCGGCCAUCUUGGUCAACUCCCAGAACAAGAACAAUGGGGUUUUCGAUCCCCGAACAGGGAACGACGGCCUGAGGAGGGCGAGAAACCUGAACACUGGUCACCGUCGCAGCAUAUCCAGAGAGUUGGUGUACUUCGAGAAGUCCCCCGACUUUUGUGAGCGAGAUGUGGCCGUAGACUCUUUGGGCACGCAUGGCCGCAUUUGCAACAAAACGAGCCACGGCACGGACAGCUGUGGCUCGCUGUGCUGCGGCCGAGGACACAACAUUCUGAAGCAGACCCACAGCCAGCGCUGCAACUGCAGGUUUCACUGGUGCUGCUACGUUCUGUGUGAGGAGUGUCGUGUCACGGAAUGGGUCAGCGUGUGCAAGUAG